CACCCGAACGGACACGGUCCUCUCACAUCCAUUGGUUUCUGGAUAACGCGGAGGCUCACCGGUACCAGGAACGUGCGGCGCCUGCAUCUUCCCGGUUCACUUCAAGGUUUCCGUCAGGCUAAGCGCUCAAGUUCAACUCCAGAUGCCCAUGGCAGAUGUUGAUGUGGUGCUCAUCUCGAUUGGCGUUUGUCAGUUGUGGAGAACAGACUGCUAUUUAUGCUGCAACCACUGAACUGGCAAUGGCCUCAUUAGCCUCCUUGUACAUGUACUCUCUCUUCUGCAGCAGAGAGAACGAGAGAGAGAGAGGAGCCAGGUAGUGAAAGAUGGGAGGGCUGGUGAGGUCGAAAUCGAAGGCUUUCAUGUACAUAGCGCACCUACUGGCGGCGAUGGCGGCCGUGAUGGUUCUGGUGUGGUCCAUCCACUUUCGUGGUGGCUUGGCCUUUGAGUCUGCCAACAAAUCGCUCAUCUUUAACGUGCAUCCGGUCCUCAUGUUGAUCGGCUUCAUCAUCAUGGGCGGUGAAGCUACGAUGAGCUACAGAACUCUUCCUUGGAGCAAACGAGUAAAGAAGACUAUCCAUUUGAUCCUUCACGCAAUUGCCCUUGUGCUUGGCGUCUUUGGAAUCUAUUUUGCCUUCAAGUUCCACAACGAAAGUGGAAUCGAUAACCUCUACAGCUUGCACUCCUGGAUGGGGCUCGGGACGAUCUGCCUCUAUGGCAUUCAGUGGAUUUUCGGGUUCGUCACCUUCCUCUAUCCUGGAGCUUCAGUGUUCCUUAGAACAGCGUAUCUUGCAUGGCAUGUACUGUUUGGCGUCUUCGUCUACCUACUGGCGAUUGCAACUGCCGAGUUGGGGUUUCUGGAGAAGCUCACCUUCCUUGAGACCUCAGGAAUAUUACACAGGAUUGCGAUCUGGACUUUGUUCAGUAUAUCUAUCAUCAAGCAGUGUGUUGUUGAACAGACAUGGAUGAUAAAUCUAUUGCUGUAGCUGGGAACAUUGUUCAUCAGAAAACAGGCAAAGUGUUGACCACAGAUCAGAGCAGAGCAGGGAAAGUGUCCUCUUUCCACUGACACAACACAGAGAGAGAGAGAGAGAGAGAGAUCAAUGGUCGGUGGAUCAGCAGCUGAAUAGGAGCAGAAGCUGCUCUGGAGUCCAAUAAUGGCGAUGAAACAAAAGGAAGUAGGAGACAUGCUACUAUGCUAAGAGGUGGGAUUCGUUAGAGGCCAUUCUGAGAGCUUUCUUAAAUGAGCUCCCAAAGCAAAAUGCAUCUCUUCUUAUAAAACAAGAGAAAGAACAGUUCAUUUCA